GUAUAUGUAUAUGUAUAGAUAAACAUGUGAACAGAAUUGCACCACUUUCUGUAGUAGUUCUGAUGCGAAAAUAUACUCCUGAAUCGGUGAGCGUUAAUAAGUAAAUGGCUAGUUAAACAAAAUUACGCACAAUAACAGAUAGGUUACUUAAGGUUAGAACAUGUCAUGUUGCGGAAUUUAUAAAUACUGAAGACAGAUCUGAGUUUUAUAUGAAAAUUAAUAUGUUUCGACCGACGAGAAAUUUAUUAACAACCUUGAAUCGUGUCAAGGAAUGUCGUGCAGUACACGCUAGUAGUCAAAUUUUAUCAGAAAUAACAGACUAUGAAUCUGUUAUUACCGAUGAAUACAAAAGGGGUCCUGCCGAAGGCAGAGCUAUUUACUUAGAUGCUCAAGCGACUACACCAGUGGAUCCACGAGUAUUAGACAAAAUGAUGCCUUAUCUUAUUGCUUACUAUGGAAAUCCACAUUCCAGAACACAUAUGUACGGUUGGGAAACGGAAACAGCAGUUGAACAUGCACGUAAGCAAAUUGCAAAUUUAAUAUGUGCAGAUAAAAAGGAAAUUGUAUUUACAUCUGGUGCAACAGAAAGCAAUAAUAUAGCUGUAAAAGGUGUGGCAAGGUUUUACAAAGGCAAAAAAAAUCAUAUUGUGACGACUCAGAUAGAGCACAAAUGCGUAUUGGAUUCCUGUAGAGCCUUGGAAGCAGAAGGAUUUGAGGUGACUUAUAUUCCAGUGAAAUCAAAUGGUCUUAUUGAUCUUAAUCAAUUAGAAGAUGCAAUUAGGCCCACUACUUCUCUUGUUUCUAUAAUGCUGGUCAAUAAUGAAAUUGGUGUAAGACAACCAAUUGAAGAAAUUGGUGCUAUAUGUAGGAAAAAGAAGGUGUUUUUCCAUACAGAUGCGGCUCAAGCUGUUGGAAAAGUGCCAGUUGAUGUUAAUGCUAUGAACAUUGACUUAAUGUCGAUCAGCGGUCACAAAAUAUAUGGUCCAAAAGGAGUUGGUGCUUUGUAUGUAAGGAGAAGACCAAGAGUUCGUGUAGAACCAAUUCAAAGUGGCGGUGGUCAGGAGAGAGGUAUGAGAAGUGGUACUGUUCCAGCUCCUUUAGCUGUGGGUUUGGGAGCAGCCUGUGAAUUGUCGCAAACAGAAAUGGAGUAUGACCACAAGUAUAUCACAAUGCUUUCCAAUCAUUUGAUCGAAACAAUAACGUCAAAUUUACCACAUGUUAUACGUAACGGAGAUGCCGUUGCUUGGUACCCUGGUUGUGUGAAUUUAUCUUUUGCAUAUGUGGAAGGCGAAUCCUUAUUAAUGGCAUUAAAAAAUAUUGCUUUGAGCAGUGGCUCUGCUUGUACUAGCGCCAGUUUGGAACCGAGUUAUGUAUUGAGAGCAAUUGGAACAUCAGAAGAUUUAGCACAUUCCAGUAUUAGAUUUGGUAUUGGCCGGUUUACAACGAUGGAAGAAAUUGAUUUUACCGCAAAAAAUACAAUUCAGCAUGUUCAGAGACUUCGAGAAAUGAGUCCAUUAUGGGAAAUGGUUCAAGAGGGAAUUGAUUUGAAAACUAUCAAAUGGACUCAACACUAAUGACUUGUUCUACCUCAUAGUAUGAAUUAAGUAUGCUAUGAUAUGAACCAACUAACCAGAAUUGUUCCAUUUCUGCAUCCGUUACUUGUGAAGCCGUGCUUUCGAGGUCACUUUUAUUUCCACACAGAAAUAUCUUUG